UUAUGCGUAACUUUAUUUGAACUGGUUCACGUAUUUUUGGUGUGCAGCUCAGAAUGUCCUGUAUUUAUGUAGCGGCUUUUUCUACAGUAUCUGAAUUUAAAAGUGAAAGCUUACAGAAAUGCAGUUUUGAAGCAGGAUGAGAUUUUCACAUGGGGUUAUAUUCAUAAAGUGAUAUAUACUGAUACACAUCCACUAAUUAGUAAAGGACUGGACUGUAAUUGGGCCUAGGCUGUCCCCUGGGGUGCUUGGUCAUUCAAAUGCCUGUGCGAUGCUGCCCACGUCGCUCUUGAUUGUGCGGAAGUUCUGGAGGGAGCAUUGGGCUUUGCCUAUGCCUAGCUCUCUAUGCCACUGCAGGGGUUGUAAGCUUACUGCAGGUAGUCCAGCUAAAUCAAAAGAUAUUUUGGAGAAUAAAGCCCCAGUAUGUAGAGUGUUCUGGAAGAGUUGGGAUGGUGCAUUCUGGGGAAUACCUGGAAAUCAUUGGCACUGGCUUUCUGGUUUUCUAAGCCUUUUUUUCUUUAAACACUAAUUAUAUCCUGGUCCAUUGGGUAAAAAGCAUUGGGAGGAAGGAAGAGGGGGAUUUCCACCAAACUUGUGUUGGACACAAAUGGAUAAUCGCCUCCUAUGCAGGCAGACCUCAAGAUAGGAAGCCGAGGUUUCUGUGAUACUGGAGUUGUGGUGCAGAGUACUUUAUCAGACGGACUUUCAGGUGAAAUUUAGCAAUCCAAGCCGAGAUAUUAGCUCAAGGAAGGAAAAAUGAUCGUCUACACCGUUGCGUGUAGCUCGAGAUUUAUUUGAAAACUUACGUGAAGAAUAUUGUUUUAAAUAGAUGUGCAUGAUUGUGACCAACGCUGAACUUUUUUGAAAUCAGCCUUACGGCUCACUAUUUUACAUACUAUUUUGUCCUAUGAAUAUUUUGCUGACGCAGCUUUCCACCCAAGUGCUGUUAAGAUUGUCAUCUGCAUAAUGGUAUAGUAUAUAUACUAAUAGUAUAUAUUAAACAAUGAAUGAAAAAAUUAUAUUGGGGCGAAUAUGUCGGACUCCUAUAUAAAAGGCUGGAAUGUAGAAAAUGAACCUUGCCAGGUAAUUUCGUAUGAAUCAAACCGGGCAUUGCAGUCGUGACACCACGACAGGCAUUUUGGGAAAAUAACUGACACCUUACAGGAAGCUAAUACAGCAAUGCUACGUUCAUGUUUAGGAUAAAAAAAGCUAGACGUAUGGAUGGAUAUUUUAGACAGGAGCUUCGUAUUUAAAUGCACACGCAAAUACAAUGCGUUGCGGUGGACAGCACCCCCCUCACCGCAUGCUCCCCAACAUGUGUCUGCGCACUUGGCUCCCGGAGUUAUUUCUCGCGAGAGGACCGAAACAAGGACAAGUUGGACCGCAGAAGAAAAGCAUUUCGUCGUCGACGGACAUGAAAUGGGGCAGGCGGCCGCUCGAAGGGCGGAGGAUGCCGACCGGGCAUUUAACUGGUUUCCUCAACAUCGGCUAGUUAAGAAAAAAAACAACAACUUUAUUUUUAUUGGCUCGCGUAUUGUGGUGGGCGGCUCAUGAUAUCUUGUUAUUUUCUCCUACUGGUUUUGUUACCUGUCGGUCAAACUCUGAAGCACCUCCCGCCUCCAGCGCGCACACAAUUGGGACUCACUUCCUGGGUAAAGCGAGGGUCUCCGACGAGGCAGCUUCUAACUUCGCUCCUGGGAAGCGAGAAUGAGGAUAUUGUGCCUCCUUGAAAGGACACCAGUGGAGCAGAUGCUUCCUAAUAAAGAUGACUAACAUAAGUCUAACUCUUAGGAAAAACUAAGCCAGUCUUUUUUUAGAGGACAGAAUCAGGCAAAGAAAACAAGCUAAUCUUAAUACUGCAUUUUGUAGCAUUUUCCUGUCAGAUAAAAGGAAAUCGUAAACGCCAGCCUUCCGGACCACAGAGGCCAUUUCAUUUCCAGAAAAUCCCCAGUUUUUUCAAAACUCCAGCCUCACCUACUCCGGCAUUCCCAAAGUUUUGGACUUGCAGCUUUUUGCAGAACAUGGAUAAGUGUCUUUUUGUCUACCGACUAGACUAACGUAUGAAUUGUCUCUGUGGUGUAAUGCCGUAGGGAAACUAAUACUUUCAGUGAGUGUGAUGAUAAACACUCUCCAGUCGACCUCUGAACAUCUAGUUACUGACUUCACUGCACUACAAUAUUGUUUAAAGAUCAACACUAUAUUAACUACAGCUGGAAAGUUUUCUUACAUCAACUAACAAUUCACCGUGAUUUAUGUGUGAAGUAUUUAAGUAAUGCUGAAAAAUAACUGGAUGCAGAAGCUGUUGAAGGCAAGUUUGAAGCUGAUAUCCUGACUGAGCUGGUGACCUUUAGCCGUUUAGUCCUGUAAGAGCUAUUGGGUUGUUUACACCCUGUGCAAUCCAUCCGAAAGUCAGCCUUUGUUUUAGGAUUCAGACUCAGAAUGUUGUAGAUUACAUGCGUGUAAACCUGAGAUGUCGUCCUGCUGAGCAGAAGUGCGAAUCUUCUGAAUGCACAUUGUAACGCCUGAGCACUGAAAUGAGGAACUUGUGGCGUUAUUUAGCUGCUGAUUUCCCGCAAAGGUGCUGAGGGGUGUGCAUGCCCUCUACCUCAGUCGUGUUCCGCUCUCCAGCCAUGUGCCGCAGGCCCAAGCGGAUCCGGGUACCUCAGCACCGAUGAGCGCGUCCAGCCACCAGAAACUCUAGUGUUGGCUCCAUUUAAGCCCGUCCGGUUUGCCAGGAAGCGAGUGCAGCGAGAAUCGGGGCACACCGGGCCAGUGAGGACACCUCCCACUCAGGGUUCAGGAUGCCCUCGCCGGAUGUGGCUCCCCCCGACCCCGCAGAGGCACUACUGCAUGGCCAGUUUAGUGGCUGGAGCCGUGUGGGGGGUGGAAACAGCGAUGGGAAUGGCUGCCCCAACAGCCCAGGGGGCGGCGGGGCCAAGUACGCCCUGACGCUGACGCACUCCCACCUGCAUGUGCAGAGGCUGUUAGCCCGGCCCGGCAGGGAGGCUCGCCUGCUGCUGCCCCUGGCCGAGCUGCUGGGCUGCAGCUGCCCCCGGCACCCCGCGCCCCCCCUGCUGCUGCUUUACUGGUACCCCUCGGGUCGGCGCCGCAAGGGCGUGUCCCGGCGGCGGCAGGUGAGGGCGUACCUGGCAGAGAGCCGCCCUGAUGCCGAACGCUGGUGCGCCGCCGUGCAGUGUCUGCUCAGAGGCGUGACCGUCUGUGCCGCUACAGAAUUCAACAAAAGCCUCCUGCCUCGUCCCCGACGCUUGCUGCUAUUGGUUAACCCCUUCAGUGGGCGGGGCCAGGCUAUGCAAUGGUGUCAGAGCCACAUCCUGCCUAUGAUCAGAGAGGCCAGCAUUAGUUAUAACCUCAUUCAGACAGAACGUCAAAACCAUGCUAAGGAGUUGGUUCGGGAGAUCUCUUUGGCGGAGUGGGACGGGAUCGUCAUUGUCUCUGGUGAUGGACUGCUGCAUGAGGUAAUAAAUGGACUGAUGGAGCGGCCCGACUGGGAGGAGGCGAUAAAGACUCCAGUGGGGAUCCUUCCCUGUGGCUCUGGGAAUGCACUCGCUGGAUCUAUCAACCAUUAUGCAGGCUAUGACAUGUGCCUCCGCGAGCCCCUCCUCCUGAACUGCUGCUUCCUGCUCUGCCGUGGAUGUGUCAGGCCCAUGGACUUGGUCUCCGUGAUGACCAGUCGGCCAGCCUCCAAUCAGAACGGACGGCCGACCCAAAGACGUCUCUUCUCCUUCCUGUCGGUGGCCUGGGGCUUUGUGUCAGACGUGGACAUCGAGAGCGAGCGGUACCGCGGCCUGGGCUCCGCCCGCUUUACCCUUGGCACUCUUGUACGCCUGGCCUCCCUCAGGUCUUACAAGGGCCGCCUGUCUUACCUGCCUCCCACGGCCGUGACAGCCUCGCCAGACGCCACGCCCCCCCCGCAGAAGCGGCCCCUCUCCCGGAGCAUCACUGAGGGCCUGGAGGGCUUCUGUAGGACCCCCAUCCACCGGACCGUCUCUGACAUGGGCUUGAGUGAACAGCGGAGUCUGCAGAGGGGCGAUGAGGAGGGUGAGCAGGAGAGGCAGAAGGAGCGGGAGAGGAGGCGCGAGAGGAGGCGUGGGCGGGCCAGGGGCGGUGGAGUGACCCGGACUAGCAGCCUGGCGGAAGACAGAGAGCGGGAACGGGAGGCAGAGAGGGAGCGGGAGGGGGGUGAUGUGCAAGAUGGAAGCCCGCCUGAGGAAGAUGGCAGGACAGAGGUGGGAAUGGAGGAUUCUGACGACAGGGAGGAUGAGAGUGCCACAGACGGGAAGAACGGCAGCUUGGAAGACGUCCUGGAAGCAGUGGAAGCGAGUGAGCAGUACGGGGCAGGAACCGGGAAGGACGAGUGCGACAGCUGCUAUCAGGAGCGCAGGGAGCAACGCAAGAACUCUGCCCCGUCCAGUCAGAUAGUCAGCGCCAUCUGCGGCCCUCCCAGGGGCCCAGGCCCUCAGCUGGAGUGCGACUCCGGCUACUGUCCUGAGGAGGCGGAGCUGAAUGGGACGUACGCCUUCCCGCGGCAGCCCUACACACUGGAAAUACGGGAGCGUGCUCUCACCAUCUCCUCCCCCUUCCGCCACAUCACCCGCUCCUACAAGCCCAAAUCCGUGGAUCAGAACCAGAAUUCUUCCAGACCACGGCCUCUAUCUCUGCUCCAGUCUAACUCCAACUCCCUGCCCCCAAAGCUGUCCCUGUCCAUGUCCCCGCCCACACCCCCCUCAUCCCCUUCAGCUGCCUCGUCACUCACAUCCACCUACCUCACCCCCCGGCCAGGAAGUCCUGGCUCAGCGUCUCCCUCCCCGUCCCUCCGGUCCCCAUCACCCUCCUUCACGUUCGACAUCGCCGAGCCAGCUGGCCCAGUGAAGACCCGCUCCGCCAUCAGUGAGGUUUACGCCCCCCCCAGAGAUGACCUCCUCCCGCCACUGGACCAGCCACUACCAACUCGGGACUGGGUGACGGUGGAGGGUGACUUCGUCCUUGUGCUGGCCAUCUACCAGUCGCACUUGGGGGCUGACCUCCUGGCCGCCCCCCAGGCUCGCUUUGACGAUGGCCUUAUCCACCUGACCUUUGUGCGGGCCGGCAUCUCCAGGGCCACCCUGCUGCGCCUCUUCCUGGCCAUGGAGAGGGGCGCCCACAUGAGCCUCACGUCCCCCUACGUGAGUCACGUCUCUGCCAAGGCAUUCCGGCUGCAGCCCCUCUCCCCCCGUGGGACCCUCACCGUUGAUGGGGAGCUGGUGCCGUAUGGACCCCUGCAGGCACAGGUCCAUCCUUCCAUGGCCAGACUCAUCGUAGGCGACCCUGGAGUGAAGAUCACCAGACUCUGAAUGCUGACUUCCUUCAAUUGUAGCAUUUUACUUUGAGAGAGGAGUUUGUUUGUGUGUGUGAGUGUGUUUUUUAUUAUUAUUGUUGAUAUUGCCUGGAUUGCAAUAAUGAAUCAUUUCUGAUUCACUUUAUAGUUGACUGCUCUGGACUUUUUGAGGCUUUUAAGGUGCAUUUGCUAAAGGGAUCACUGUAGCACUUGUGGUGUCGCUGUUGAAUUGGGAUGAAUUCCUUGUUGAUGUGGCUGGCUGGACGUGUGACGUCUCUAAGAAUGAAGAAUAAAAACGUGUGUGUGUGUGUGUGUCGUUUUGUGCUAGUGUGUAUACAUUUCAGUGUGUUCACGUGCGUCAUCGCGUUACGUGUCCCUGCCUUAUCGGAGAAAGCUGCCUUCUGUGAGCCACGGCGAAAACCACACCCUCCUGUGCACAUAGCCCCUCCCACUGCCCCGAAACCUCCCCCCACCGGGAAUUACAGCACUGAUUCAUGGGUAAAUACAUUCUACAAAUUCCUUUCUGACUGGCCUAUCCUGCUCACAAAGGUCAUUUACUGGCACUUAAAAAAAAUAAAAAAUCUAAAACACAUACAUGUUUUCCUUGCCAUUUAGGAAAAUACAGUUUUGAAGAGUUCAUGCUUUGCUUAUUUUACCAUGAAUUCUCACAUCAGUAAAUUUAUCGCUGAAUGUCUUCGAUCUUGGUGUUUACCGUGCCACAAUAAGGGAGCCUAAACUGUACUGUUUCACUAAAGGGGAGGUCAUACCUUCAGUGAAAGCUUAUAGCAAGCAGACAAAAUACAGUGUUCUCUGGUGUUUCAGGGAACACUUUUUGGCUACUCGUGAAGUGUCCUAUCCUCAGACGUCUUUGCCCUGCUGACGAAAGUGUAAUAGUAUUAAUAAUUAAUAAUAGUGAAUUUCCAAAUAGAUCUGUUCUAGUGUUUCUCAGUGCUGGUCCAUACAACUCAUCAUAUUCUGGUUUUCAUGUUUUGCUGGACUGUUUGUUGAAUGAAUCACUUCAAAACAGGCUUUGUUUUCCAAACUAAUUUAUUGCUAGGAAUACUUAUGCUCCUGAAAAUGUAAUGUUUGCCCCUUCAGAGACAUAAAGCAGUUUUCAUCGUUUAAUUAUUUACUAAUUAUAUGCUCUUCAGUUCUAUUUGUUUCACAAAUGAACAAGUUACAGAUAUGCAUUCGGUUGGCAUAUACAUUUCAUGUUUUGUUCUUUUGGUGUACUGUGAUCGAAUAGUCCUCAAGGAAUUUUAUCAUUUGGUGCAGUGAAUGAAUCACUCAAUCUUACCUAAUUAUGGAAGAUUUCAGCUGGACCGAGUGUGAGACCAGGACUGAGAAGCACUCAUUUACACAAAAGAGCCCUUUCAGGUGUGUCCGUGUGGCUUCUGCCUUGCGUCUCCUGCAUCCCUGUAUGUCCACAUGCUGUGGUUUGUUUAGUCACUACUGCUAUUACCAAGGACAGCCUUGGAAGGUGCUGAACUGACCUGAUGAGGACUUACCAUGUGACCUGUUGUAAUACAGAUGCUGGAAUCCUGUCACACAUUGUGUGAUGAUCGGGCUGUAAAAACCAAGAGUCUCUGUAUUUCAGAAGAAAGUGGGUUUAAGUUCACCCAAAAAAAUGCUUUUGAUAAUUGUAUAGUUCUGGCGGUUCUGGAAAAAGCAGGUGUCCUGUAUUUUAUUGGGCCGGUAUAGUCUGAGGAAGAAAGACCAGAAAUGAAGCCCUGUAAUCACACCCCGACCAGUUCAGUACCAGGCUUGGUUUGAAGUCGGAUCAUGGCCUGUUGCUUUCUGACUGCUGGGGGAGCUUGGCUAUGUGUUUCUGGUCAUGUAGGAUCAUGGUUCCAGUUUUUUACAGUCUCAGAGUUUAAACCUGCUUUAACUUCAUCCAUGAGCAAAGACAGUGUCUUAGAACAAUUUGAUAUUACAAUAAUAAUAGUAAUAAUAAUGGAUUGUGACCAUCUCUAAAUAAUGGCAGUAAGAUGUCUUGUCUAUAGCUGAUGCUUGUAAUAAAAAAUACAUCACUUAUAUAUGUACAGUUGAUAGUUCUAUAAGUUUGAAGCUUUUCUUCUUGAUAAUAAAUUUAACUUGGAAAGUG